AUGAGUCUGCCAGAGAUCGCAAAGAAGCGCACCCUCAAGAGCACGUCCGAUGUCGUUCUCGGCUACCUGCUGGAAAAGGACAUGGCUGUUCUUCCCAAAUCAAUGUCACCAUACCGUAUCGAAUAUAACUUGACUGGCGCACUAGAGGCAUACAAUUUGCUGACGCCAGAGGAUAUCAAUAUUCUUGAUGGUGUUGCUGCGGGUGGCAAGCAGAACCGUUUUAUCACGUCUCCCUGGGGUAUUCACCUCGGUUUUGAUAAUUGGCCCGCUUCAGCAACGUAA